AGGCAGCUCCUUCUGUUUGCAGUUGAGAUCACUCCUCUCACACAAAGUGAAAGUAAAAGCAGGAGCGAAAGAGUGUUCAGAGUGAGGGAGCAAGCUAAACACUCGCUUAUAAUCGCGUACCCUCCACCCAGACUCUGCUGGAUUACCUUUUUUCCUGAUUUUAUUUCUGAUUGUCCUGGUUAUUUUCCGGGAUGGAGCAGCGGGGGAUGUUCAGAAGACCAGACCUUACUCCUGCUCCAGUGAAUGCGGUCCCAGCCGCUCCUGCUCCAGUGAACGAGGUCCCAGCCGCUCCUGCUCCAGUGAACGCGGUCCCAGCCGCUCCUGCUCCAGUGAACGCGGCCCCAGGCGCUCCUGCUCCAGUGAACGCGGCCCCAGGCGCUCCUGCUCCAGUGAACGCUGCCCCUGCCGCUCCUGCUCCAGUGAACGCGGCCCCAGGUGCUCCUGCUCCAGUGAACGCUGCCCCAGCCGCUCCUGCUCCAGUGAACGCUGCCCCAGCCGCUCCUGCUCCAGUGAACGCUGCCCCAGCCGCUCCUGCUCCAGUGAACGCGGUCCCAGCCGCUCCUGCUCCAGUGAACGCGGUCCCAGCCGUUCCUGCUCCAGUGAACGCGGUCCCAGACGCUCCUGCUCCAGUGAAUGCGGUCCCAGACGCUCCUUCUCCAGUGAAUGCGGUCCCAGCCGCUCCUGCUCCAGUGAAAGCUGCUCCUGUUUCCGCUCCUGUGCCAGUGACUCUUGUCCCCAUUCCUGUGUCAAGUCCCCUGUUCAGUUAUCGUCUCUGUCCAGAGUCCAGUUUCCUUGUUCUGUCUCUGUCUUUGUCCUGUGUCUAGUUCCCUGUCCAGUUUUUCUCCUGACCUGUCAUGUUCUUUCUGGCCCCUCUCCUCUUCCGGCUCCUGGGGUCCUGUUUUAUGCGCCCCAGGAGUUGCGCUUUUGGGAGGGGCUACUGUCACGUGCUUGUCCUGUCCCUUGUCAGCCUCCAUGUUCUUCCCUUCCUUUGUUUAUAUUCAAAGCACAUGGCUCUCCCCUUGUCUCCGCCCAUGCCUUUAAUGCUCCCACCUGUUUCAAUUUGUAGCUCCGCCCCUUCAUCAGUGUUCACAGGUGUUUCCCAUUCCCAAGCCCGUGUGUUUGAGCAUGUGGUCGUCUGGUCUUGUGUGUGUGUUUCACGCCGUCAGGUUGCUGUUUCUUUGUUUUCUGUUUUAUAGUUUAUUUUUAUGUUAGUUCCAGUAGUCCUUUCUCUUCCUGUAUCUUGUCUGGAGUUUAGUUUUUGUUUAUUGUCUAUGUAAAUAAAUACAUUACCUGCGUUUACGUCCGCCUCACGUCCUGCCUGCUGCUGCUAACCUGACAGAAUCUGUCAGGAAUACCCAGGCAGGGAGACGAGGAGACGGACGCAAGUGCAGGUAGGGUGAAAAUAAAUAAUAAUUUAAUAAAUAAAUAACAAGUAAACAAGGAACAAGUAACAUGAAACAAAGAUACACAAAUAACCAAUAACCAAAACAAAUCAGAGAACCUAAACUAAACCAACUAGAGAUAAUAAAUAAACAGGGAAUAUAUAUAUAUAAAGGAAGAAACUAGAAAUAAACAAGGAAAUAAACUAUAAACAAGAAAACAAGAAAUAAACGAGAAACAAAUGACUAAGGCUAUAGAAGACAAGGAAACACUGAGAUAAGCUAUGGAACACAGAGAGACAAAACAACAGGGGAAGGUGCAAAGACCGACGAAGGACAAGAGACAAAGGAAGGCUUUAUAGCACACAAGGGAAGUGGAAACACCUGGGGCUUGGGGGCGGAGCUACAAAUUGACACAGGUGGAAAAAUACUGACAGGAGACACAGAGGGGCACAGGUAACGUGGGAAUAACACACAGAGACAUGAGACAAGACCAGGACAUGACACGCUUGAUGUACCUAGAAACUGAAAAACUUAAAAUGAUUCAGUGUUUUCACUGGUGCACUGUAGCUAAAAGCAGAUUUUCCCAGUUCACUAAAAACUCUUUGUACCUGACAGCGAGUCUGAUAAUUACUGGUAUUAAUUAAGAUUAGAGAAGAGAUAUUAGCUGGCAAAUUUUUUAUUCAAAGAAUUAUUGCACACUUUCUAUAAACCUAUAAACUUAAUUUCACUUCUCAAAUAUCACUGUGUUUCUCUGUUAUAAUAUAUUAAACUGAAAUUGUUGAUCUAAAAAACAAUGAUUUAUAAAGAAAUACAUGAAAAAUUAUCAGGGGUGCCCAAACUUUUACAUACCACUGUAUAUAUACCCCAAAAACACUCAUUCUUCUUUACCAGACUGUGUGCUCAAAACAAGGAGCAGUUAAUCCAGCACAGGGUUACUAUGGUGCAGUUUCCAGCCAUCAGGGAAAAUGAAUAACUUGUUUGUAUUGCCUAUAAUACUGUGACCACACAGUCACCAUCAUAUAAACUUAACUGAAUACUCAAGGAAACGUAUAGUCCUGGUGAGCAGGAGAGAGGUGUGUAGAGACACACCUAUUAUGCCAAUAAAUGAUGCCAGGAGCCAAUAAGAAAAUAAUCACCAAAUGUUAAGUGAACCUUGCCGUAUUUAGUCUCAGCUUUUUAAUUUAGUAACAAUAUGGGGUGGACUGGAUUUUUGAUUGAAACAGUAUUUUAUGGUUAAAAAUGUCCUGCAAUAUUAGACCUUUUUUUUACAGUGCAGCAGUAGAAAGUGUGGUGUUGGAAUAAUUCCUACAUGAUGCCUAACCACAGUUCUAAUAUGAAAAAGUUUGGGCAUCACCUGUAAUGUUCAAGAUUUUCAAGAAGAUUAGCAGCAGUUAUUUGUCCAGGUCGUUCAUCUUGAGGAAGAUGUGUAGUUGCUGCAGAGCCUUCUUGAUAACAGUUGCAAUGUUAUCUGUCCAGGUGAGGUCGGCAGAGAUCACAACACCCAGGAACCUGAAUGUGUGGACCCCCUGCUCACACUUGCUAUUAAUAUAGAGGACGACCAUGUCAGUUAUACAGUAAUAACAGUAUUAUUACAGUAUUUCAUGUAUGCUAAAGUCCUGAGACAUGUCCAUGUCUGAGCCCAGCUAUGCACUGUGAACAGGUGUACAUAUGUACAGUAAUUCUUACUGCUUUUUUAUUAUAGCUACAGUGGUGUGAAAAAGUGUUUGCCUCCUACAGAUUUUUUUUUGUUUUUGCUUUUUUGUCAUACUAAUAUUUUUCAGAUUAUCACAUAAACUUAAAUAUGAGCCAGUGAUAACCUGAGUAAAUAUAUAUAUUUUUAAAUGAUAAUUUUAUUUAUUAAACGAAAAUAAUAUCCGAACCAAUCUAGCCCUGUGUCAAAAAGUGUUUGCCCCUUAACCUAAUACCUUGGUUGUGCCAUCAAGCUUUAAUGAUAACUGGCAACAAGUCUUUUACACCGCUGUGAAGGAAUUUUGUUCCGCUCUUCUUUAUACAAUUGUUUUAAUUCAGCCACAUUAGAGGGUUUUUGAGCAUAAGCGUUUUGUGUACAUUUAUGCCAAGCAUCUCAAUCAGACUUUGACUAGGCCACUAUUUAUUAUUUUUUAAGCCAUUCAGAGGUGGACUUGUUUGUGUGCUUUUGAUCAUUGUCCUGCUGCAGAACCCAAGUACACCUGAGCUUGAGGUCAUGAACAGAUGGCCCGACAUUGUCCUUCAGGAUUGUUUGGUAAACAGCAGAAUUCCUGGUUCCAUCUAUUACAGCAAGUUGUUCAUGCCCUUUUGGGGUAUUUUGGUAGGCUGGUCAUUACUGGGAAAUUUCACCAGUGUUACAUGUUUUCUCCAUUUGUGAAUAACAGCUCUCAGUGUGGUUCUCUGGAGUCCCAAAGCUUUAGAAAUUACUUUAUAACCUGUUCCAGACUGAUAGAUGAUUAAUGACUUUGUUUUCUCAACUGUUUUUUAAUUUAUUUAGAUAAUGUUUUUUUUUUUUAUCUUUUAUCUGCUUUAUGUUGUCAGACAGGUUCUAUUUAAGUGAUUUCUUGAUUCUACAGGUCUGGCAGUAAUCUGGACUAUGGUUAGUAGUGAAAUCUAAAUCAGCUUUCCAAGAAGUGUAAAUAAUCACAGUUAAGUGCAAACACUUUUUCACACAGGGCCAGAUUGGUCCUUUAAUAAAUUAAAUCAUCAUUUAAAAAGUGAUUUUUAUAUUUACUCAGGUUAUGUUUGUCUGAUACUGAAGUUUGUUUAAUAGUUUGAAAAAUGCAAAAACACAAGAAAUCUGUAGGGGGCAAAUAUUUUUUCACCUCACUGUUUAUGAAUGAUAGGUUUAUAACCCAUUCCAAGCUCAGACCUGAUAGACCUGUUAGAAUAUUACACCUAAAGAUCCAUAUAUACUAGCAAUAGAGUAUGUAAUAGGGCUAAAAUGGCACCUGUAGAUGGAAUCAUGAUAAUUUAUAGCAAGAAUUGGCGUUUUAGUGGGCACUCUAAAACCUAUUUUCCCCACAGAAAAAAAAAAGUUGUCAAUAGGUUUCGUCUCACUUUUACCAAUAAUAUGGGCAUUUUAACUCUGCCUUUUAAACCAUGGCUUGCCCCCUUACCAGUGUGAAAAACCUUUUCAUUGGUUAAAAGCUUUAAAAUCAUACAAAGCUUAUUUAGAACUGUGAAAUGUCUUUGUUUAAUGGCGUAGCUGCUGUGUUAGAGAAUGAGCUGCUUGUCAUAUACAGGAAUUGAUAACCACUGAUAAAGAUCAUUGUUUUUUACACAGUUAGUCUGGUGGAGGUGUUUGAUGAUGCCGUACAUGUAGGUGACAUUUUUUGUUUUCUUUAUUUAAAUAAAAAAGCAGCUGUAUGUGAAACCACACUCACUCUACAGUUGUAAUACAUCAUAACUGGAAUUAUUUACUGCAGAGGAUCCAUAAACCAGAGGACAUGUGUUUAAAAGCUUGUUUUUUACUGAGAGUCCACAAUACUUAACAGCUCAUUUAUCAUCAGUCUGUAGUACAGACUCCACACCGAGGAAAGUACAGCCUUUUAUAAAAAUCAUCAACAAUUAUGAGAAGUCAGAAGCCUGCAAGCUACUUUAGAUGUGAUAAGUCUCAGUCUGAUAAAGCCAUGUCUGAGUGUGUUCACAAAUAUUCCAGUCAGUCAGAGAUUUUUUGGACGGUAUGUAUCAAAUACAAAUGUAUAAAGUUUUUGUUUAUCUAUUUGACAUGAUGUAACUCUGUGUUAAUCAACAGUGCAAAUAAAAAAAACUUCUGUACAAAAUCAA